ACUCAGGAUAUUACCUUGGACAGCAAACCAGCUCACCGCUCCUGACACUAUGAGCUACUACGGCAACUACUAUGGAGGCCUGGGCUAUGGCUCUGGAGGCUUCGGUGGCCUGGGCUAUGGCUGUGGAAGCUUCGGCGGCCUGGGCUAUGGCUGUGGAAGCUUCGGUGGCCUGGGCUAUGGCUGUGGAAGCUUCGGUGGCCUGGGCUAUGGCUGUGGCUAUGGGGGCUAUGGAUAUGGCUCUGGCUUCAGAGGCUAUGGAUACCGCUGCUGCCGCCCAUCGUGCUAUGCAGGAUAUGGAUUCUCUGGAUUCUAUUGAAAUCCUCCCCUGACAACCAAACACGAGAAGCCAUAAGAAGGUCACCCAACUGCAAUAUUGACUGCAAUAACAAGCAAGGUCACCUUGGAUCA